AUGGGGCGGCAGUGGGGGCAUGCCAUGAGGGCGGCCGAGCAGGCAGGCUGCGUGGUGAGCGCCUCUCGGGCUGGUCAGCCCGAGGAGGGCUCGUGGAGCUGCAGCGGGGUGAUCCUGAGCCGUAGCCCGGGCCUAGUUCUGUGCCAUGGGGGCAUCUUCACCCCCUUCCUGCGGGCUGGCAGCGAGGCCCUGACCGCUGCCAGCGCCGCCUUCCUGCCCGGCGACAGUUGCGGAGAUGACCUGCGUCUGUACGUGCAGUGGGGCCCAACUGCCGCGAGUCCGGCAGGCCAAGCGGAGCGGGACCGUCUGGGCUUGAGCACGCCCCAGUGCUCGGGCCCCGAGCCCGGCCCAACCGCCCGGUCCCGCGGGCGGCCCCUGCAGCCCCCGCGCCCUGCUGAGCUGCUGCUGCUGCUAAGCUGCCCGACCUUCCGGGACCACUUCGCGCGCCUCUUCAGAGGGGAGGCGGCCGAGCAGUGGCGCUUCGCGAGUGGGGCGCCAGACGACCUGUCAGAGGACGACGAGGAGGAUCAGCUGAGAGCGCUGGGCUGGUUCGCGCUGCUGCGUGUGCGGCCUGGCUCGGCGGCGGCCAAGGAGGACGCGGAAGAGCGCGGGGAGGCCUUGGCAGUAGCGCCUCUUGGGGCCAUCCCCAAGGGCGCGCCGCUCUUGGCCUGCGGCUCCCCGUUCGGUGCUUUCUGCCCCGACAUCUUUCUCAACACGCUGAGCCGUGGCGUGCUCAGCAACACUGCCGGUCCGCUGCUACUCACAGACGCGCGCUGCCUGCCGGGCACAGAGGGAGGCGGUGUGUUUGCGGCGCGGCCCGCGGGCGCGCUGGUGGCGCUGGUGGCGGCGCCGCUCUGCUGGAAGGCACGUGAGUGGGUGGGCCUCACGCUGCUCUGUGCCGCUGCCCCUCUCCUCCGCGCUGCCCGCGCAGCGCUCGUCCGCUUGCGCCCGGACUCCGCUGCCCUAGCCACCCAGCUGCCGCUGGAGGUGGGCGCCCCGAGGGGCCUGUCCCUCCUAGACCCCAGGCUACCUUGGGCAGCCGCAGCCGUGCUGGUGGAGUGUGGCACCGUAUGGGGCUCCGGAGUGGCUGUGGCGCCCCACCUUGUGGUGACCUGCAGGCAUGUGGCCCCUCGGGAGGCCGCCAGGGUCCUGGUGCGCUCCACCAUCCCCAAGAGUGCUGCCGUCUGGGGGCGUGUGGUGUUUGCUACUCGAGAGAUGUCCCCCUAUGACAUAGCAGUAGUGCACCUGGAGAAGGAGUUGGCUGGCGUUCCCCUACCUGUGCCUGCUGAACACUUCCAUGAAGGUGAGGCCGUCAGCGUGGUAGGCUUUGGUGUAUUCGGCCAGGCUUGUGGACCCUCAGUGACCUCGGGCAUCCUGUCAGCUGUGGUGCAUGUGGACAGCACACCAGUGAUGCUGCAGACCACCUGUGCCGUGCACGGCGGCUCCAGUGGGGGACCUCUCUUCUCCACCCGCACAGGGAACCUCCUAGGCAUUGUUGCCAGCAACACCCGGGACAAUAAUACGGGGGCCACCUACCCCCACCUGAACUUCAGCAUCCCCAUCACGGUGCUCCAGCCGGCCUUGCAGAGGUACCGGGAGACUGGUGGUCUGUGUGGUCUCCGCCAGCUGGACCAUGCAGCUGAGCCAGUCCGGGUGGUGUGGCGGCUGCAGCGGCCCCUGGCAGAGGCCCCGCGAAGCAAACUGUGA